CGACAGCGACAGCGGCGACAAUGGAGACACCUCCACGCGAAAGGCCAAAGGAUAGCAGACCUCGACUUAGCUCUGAUGAGAAAAAACAACUGCUCGCAAACCUCGAUCUUGAAGUGCAACACCGAGCACGUCAGUUCGAAGAGACGCUCGCUCAAGUCCUCGAGAACUUCAAGAACCACCAUGAAGGCCAGGUCCUGCGUGUUCCAAAGCUCGUGAGGGGGAUAACUAUGGCAGAGUUCGCGGACAAAUACAACGGCGAUAUCAACGCAUGUCUGCGUGGACUGCAACGGGAACGACAAGGUGGUGAGCCGACACUUGACCCAGCAUCGAAAAAGCGGAAAUGGAAGGAUACGGACGAACAGCCUGGCCCGGAGGAUGCAGAGUCGUCAAGGGCACCCAAGACAGCUCGGUUUGGAUCCCCCGUUAAGAUGAACGCCGCUAAUAUCAUAAAAUCACGUCUAAACAAGACUCCAAGCACGCAACGCACACCUCGCCGCCUCUACCCACCUCUCGGACCAAACUCACCAUCCAAACUCCCAUCAACUCGUCCACAGAGCCGCUUCAUGUCCCCUACAAAGGCAUCAGCCUCUCGCACCGCAUCCGCCUCCACCACCGCCUCCCGCGUCCCUUCCUCAUCGAACUUCAACCCCGCCAUCCCCAAAACACCCGCCUACCCUCGACUGCCUCGUAAAAACGAGAACAUCAUGAGUGUAAACGGGAGUCCAUUAGUUCUUCCCGGGAAUCGAGAACGGGACAGGGAGAAGGACAAGGGCGGUGUUGUUGAUACGAUUGAUGAAGGGGAAGAGGGGGAGGUUGAGCCACACGUACGACAACAGCAAACAAUUAAACGUCAGAAGAGUAUCACCAUUCGACGAGAUCCUACCUUCGCAAUGAACGGCGACGGUGUUGGUAUGCCGCGUUCACGUUCACCCUCACGCGCAGCACAUUCCAGCUCGGGUUCCUCAACAUCAACCUCAACAAGUUCUUCUCUACCCUCAAUUGAAAGCAACCAACCCAGUGCAUUCAUGCGCGUCCCAACGAAAGACGGGUUGGUCCUCGAGUUCGAUCCGUUACUCACCACACCCGCGGAGCUGGAUGCGUUAGAGGGCAUUACAGAGAGUGCGAAGAAGCAGGCGAGAGAGGAUAUGACGCGCUUGGUGCAGGCUGCUUUGUCGCGAUGGAAGAUUUAG